AGGUGUCUGGCCUCAGCACGAUGUGGUUCGUGCUCACGAACAGCAUCGGCCUCGCCUUCUUCUACUUCCUCAUGUCUACGCCCGUGCGGACCAGCGCGUGCGUGCUGGGGCAGAGCGGGCGCGUGAUGGUGCUGGACAGGCAGCCGCUGAUGUCGUCCACGAAGGCGGCCAAAGCGUUCAUAGGCAUCGGGAUCUCCAUCAUGGGCUUCGCCACCAUGCUGCACUGUACCCUCCGUAGCAAGGAGCGGAUGGUGUUGCAGGCGAAUGAGUCGGACGACCCUAGGGUUAUUGGGGCGGUCGGCAAGGACGUCUUCGCCCAGCUGCUCGUGGGGAAGGUCCACUUCUUCACGGCCCUGUUCAUCGCGAUCGCCUGGUGCUGCUGGUGGGCCCUGCUCAAGACGCGCAUCCGCCCCUGGGGCUACAACGACGAGAGGAACUUCUACGAGUCCGGGGAGGCAUCCGUAGCCCAGUACUUCCGCACGGGCAUCCGCGGUGCGAUCCCCUGCAUGUCCAAGCGGCGCAGGGUGGGCGGCAUGCGGCUCUUCUUCGGGCCGUACCCCGAGAAAUCCAUCUUCAACCAUCUGGGGAGCAACUUCGACACAUUCAGAAACGUGGAGCCCAUGCUCGUGCUUCCCAGCGAGAUCGGCGGCGCCUACCCGGCAUCUGGAAACCCGACGAAGUCGAGGUCGGCAGAGGAUCAGGCCCAGCUGGCUCAGCUCGUGCUCGGGCUCCUCAACGCGUUCCUGGGGAUACUAGGAUUGGCGCUGUUCGGCAUUUCGAUCUACAACCUGGCCACGUGUGUGCAAAGCUGCCCCGUCGGCAGCGCGAUCAGGCCGUGCGUGCAGGGUAUGGACUGCACGGCGGUCAGCCGGGCGCCGUGGUUCCAGCGCUACUUGCUGGCAAAAAACUUGCGGUCGCACGACCAGAUCGUCCGCGACUCCGUGAUGGCGUCGGUGUCUAUCAGCACUAUCGGUCUCUGGCUCGACACGGCGUCGAUCGAUCAGACCACGAAUCUGAUCCUCAACAUCUCACAGACUGCCUGUGCGAGGCGGCACGACGAGCUGUUCAAUGAUCCCAACGUGACCCUCAACAGCCCCAACGCGAACCCCGUAGCCGUGAUGGACGCCAAGAACUACCUCGACGCGUAUAAGAAG